ACAAGACGCACGAAUGCCUGCCGCGCGACAAGAAGCGCGAUGCAGUGAUAAAAUUGCAACUUUUAUGGAAAAAUGGCACAUUGUUUGACUACCGCGUUGCUUCUUGCUGCACAUUUCCGUGUCUUGUGUGCAGGAACCAUUUGAUUUGAGGAAUUCUAGAACGAGGAAUUAAAAUUGCGGAAUAUGAUCAAAUAAUGGAUCGGACACGUUUUAUCAAGUAGUACCACUCAUGCACAUAUGCAUCCUUGAAAUUAAUGAAAUUGAGAUCGCUCAGUCUUGUAAUACUGUUUAGUGGAUCAAACGGUAGAGGUAAUACAGGUUACACGUAAAAUAUUUGCGACAAUAUAUUUACAGUAUAAAUGAUUUGCAAUGUGAUAUUCAACAUCAGUCAAGUUGACCGAAUUGGUGUACUAGGAUCAAAUAAUCGACUGAUAUAGGUUAUGAUUUAUCCCAAUCAAUUGUGAAUAAUAUUUUUAAACAAUGGAUACUCCCUUACAAAAAGUGGAGUUACAAGCAGAUGUCUACAUGGUCUGUUUGCAACAUGCUUUGUCAACAGAAAACUUUGAAGUGAUGGGUUUACUCAUUGGCAAUUUUGCACAUGGAGUAGCAAAAAUAUCAGCUGUUAUCAUUUUACGACGACUAGAUAAAAAGAAAGAUAGAGUGGAAAUUUCAUCAGAACAAUUAUUAAAAGCUGCUAUUGAGGCUGAACGAUUAACAGCAGAAUUAAAACGUCCUAUGCGUGUGCUUGGUUGGUAUCAUUCGCAUCCACAUAUUACAGUUUGGCCAUCACAUGUAGAUGUCAGAACUCAAGCCAAUUAUCAGACCAUGGAUCACAGUUUUGUAGGCUUAAUCUUUUCAGUAUUUUCCGAAAGCAAAGAUUCAAAAGAACAUGAAAUCUUUCUAACUUGUUUUCAAUCAAGCAUGGUUAUGGGUGAAGCCACAGAAAUACCAUUAGAGAUAGUACAUACUCAGCAGAUUUCAGAUAGAUGUUUAAAGACAAUGACAGACUUGUCAAAAAUAUUGGCUCAAGAAGAAGAAGAUAUAGCUGAGACAUGUAAGGACCAUCCAGAUGUUCUUGCAACUAUUCACAACAAUGCUGUCAGAACACGUGCGUUGAUUCACAUAACAGACAUUAUCACAAAGCCCUUGAUACAAACAUUUGAAGAAAGGAUAGCAUUGAAUAAAUUGCGUGCUGCCCAUCUCCGAAGUAAAUUGGAAGAAUUACGAAAAAUGUACAACGGAUGAAAACUUUUUCAGCAAUUCCAUUCGUGAUGAAGCGAGUUUUCUGAUAAGAGAGAGUUGUUAAAUAAUAUAAAUAAUAAUUUCAAAUAAAAAAAUUAAAUAUUUACUGGAUUAAUAAAGUGAGUUAUGUACUUCUGAA